GAAGUGAAUAUUGAAUUUGAGGCACAUUCCAUAUCAGACAAUGACUAUAAUGGGAUAAAGAAGUUACUGCAACAGUUGUUUCUAAAAGCUCCUGUUAACACUGCUGAAUUAACUGAUAUAUUAAUACAACAGAAUCAUAUUGGAAGCAUCAUCAAGCAAGCAGAAGUCCAAGAAGACAGUAGCGAUGAUGAUGAAGAUGAUGAUGAAGUCUUUGGUUUCAUUAGCUGCUUAAACUUAACAGAAAGGAAGGAUACACAGUGUGUUGAACAAAUCAAAGAGCUGAUUCUAAGUCGAUGUGAGAAGAGCUGUGAACAGCACGUAGUUGAACAACUGAGUAAGCUCCUAAAUGACAGUACUAAGCCUGUGGGUCUUAUACUGAGUGAAAGAUUCAUUAAUGUACCACCACAGAUUGCUCUGCCUAUGCACCAGCAGCUUCAGAAAGAGUUGACGGAGGCACAGAGAACAAACAAACCUUGUGGAAAGUGCCACUAUUACCUCCUUAUCAGCAAGACCUUUACAGAAGCCACGAAGAGCAAUUCUAAGAGGAAGGGAGGGAGAAACCAGCAGGAGGAGGAAUUAAUGUUUGCAAAUGCAGAAGAAGAGUUCUUUUAUGAGAAAGCCCUUCUGAAGUUCAACUACUCUGUGCAAGAGGAAAGCGACACUUGUUUGGGUGGCAGGUGGUCCUUUGAUGAUGUACCAAUGAAACCCUUGCGGACUGUUACGAUAGUUCCAGCUGAUGGAAUUCAUGCCAUUAUGGAUAAACUGAAAGACUAUCUCUCAGUCUGAGCUUUCCUACAAACACUGGUUUUUAUAAAGCAGCCGUGCAGAGCUAGGAUUUCAGUAUUUUCAGAAGGCUGCUGUUGAGUUAAUGGUUU